GAGGAUAAAAGAAGAAGUAAGAGAAUCGGGAUAAGGAGAAUUGAAAUUUCAGAGAUGGCGAAGAAGGGGAAGAAGCAACUGAUGUCAUCGGCGCCGUGGCGAGGCGAGGAGAGCGAAGUGAUUGAAGAGGGAAAGCUGAAAGUGACGAGGCAGGGUGAUGGCACCGCAACCAUGCACGUUCCGGCUUCCAAGUCCAACCAUCUUCACCAGGAUGAAGAUUCCAUCGAAAUUGAUCCCGAAUUACGCUACAGUUUCCAACGCAAUUUCCAGUUUCUUCAACGGGUUUUUAGCAUUGACACUGUUGUGAAACCUCUUCCUCCCGUCAUGGCAUACAAUGUCUCUCGCAACUUGGGCUUCUUCACUCGCAUUUUCACCCAAUUUUUUGAUCCUGAAGGUAUUGCAAAUGCCCAAAAAUCCUUGGGCAUAGGACAGGAGGAUAAAGUUCGCAAAGUUCGUUGAAGAUAAUGGGGGAAGAGACAGAACGGGAUUCGAAAAACUUGUCAUCUAUGAUUAACCUUUUUCUGAUUGAUCACUUGUGGUAUUGUUUAAUUCGUAAUUCAGUUAUAUAGAUAUAUUACAAAUUGAGCAGCACUACGAUUUGAUUACUUCAUUAUCUUGAAAAAAAAAGCAAGAUCUUAGAGCAUGUUGAUAGUAA